AUGGCACCACUUCGCAAUACCAGCGACAGUGGUCCUAACAACCGUGUCAAGCUCCACUUACCAGCCCGCCAUGCCCCCUUCAAUCCUUACACUCGAGACGAGCGGUUCUUCCUUCCUAUCCAAUCUCACCGCGGUCCAAAGCUGGUCUACGAGCGAUCGGCCGGCAACAUCAUUCGCGUCGUCAAAGACUUCAACUUCAAGGAAACUACGGCCGCCGCGGUGGAUGACUUCGUUGCCCAGGCUCUCUGCCAUAAACCAAACCCUUCUGGCCCGGUCAAUCUUCCGCUCGGUAUUGCGAUCGGAAAGCAUGGAAUCAUCGACUACUCCAUCGCCUUCCAGCGCCUUGGACCCAACUCCAUCAACAGUAAGGCUACUACAAGUGGAUGCAUCCGUGGCUCUCCCCUCGUCAAUCUUACAUUCACAAGUUCUGAUGACACGACGUCCCCUACUACCUGGCGCGCCGUUGUUCUUGGUCGAAUCGCCGGACCGCAUCAGCUUGUCGAUCGCGUUCAGCAGUCCCGCUGGAUCGUCAUGCUCGAUGAAGAGCGUCGCCUAUGGGUUCUGUACGCUGACGGCAUCGACAAGACUGACAUCCAAGCCAGCCAUGGUCUAUAUACUUCUCCGUACAGCUACAACUGGGAUACGGCAUUUGGGGCUCAAAAGCAGUUCGGUCAAAAGGUCGUCCUCCUUGGCUCCAUCGAUGAGAUCCCCUUCGGAGCCGGUAAGGAACUGCCCACUCCUCAAAUCCAAUCGAUGGAUUGGUCAACCACCUUCGUCAAGAUCGAUGGCCCCUCUAGACUAGCUUCGAAGCCACUCGUCUCGGUUGGUACAAUCAAGCGCCUCCUGAAUACCGAUACCAGCUAUAUCAAGCUCCCGGAUUAUGGCAAGAAAUACUUGCCGUGGUUCAGAAGCGUCCUGGGCUUCGAGAAGUUCUGUCGGGAUCUUGAUUUGGCGAACCAGUCAGCUGGCCUCGUCAUCGGUCGGACCCUGUCUGAGGCAGCGUGGUGUAAGACGGUGGUCCAGGGUUACAAGACCAUGGAUGAGGAUGUCGAACAGCGCGAGGGCGAUGAGCUACUUGGUGAUCUGGAGUGUCUGAGCCACUCCUUAGAUUUGCGCCGCGAGAAGCCGAUCUUCCAGUACUGGUUGGGAAAGUCGACCAAGCACCCCGGCCUGGAGCCUUUAGCAAUCCUCGAUGAUGAUGACGAUGAUGCUGAUGGUGAUACCAGUGAUCGCAUGGCCGAGCUGCGCACUUGGGUGAUUGCAAUGCUGGACGAGAAUACGGCCGGUCGUGCUCACAAGCAGUCCGCUCUCCCCCGCCCUGCGCCUGCAACAACCAACCCAGAGUCGACUUUCGCCAAACCCCGACCGUCAGCGUCACAACAGGCUAACGAGGAUGCCAUGGACGAAGGCGAUGACGGAGAUAAGGAUCGGGAUCUAGAUCGGACUCGGGAUUCCGUCCUGGUGAUCCGCCAGGCAGAGGAGGCCGGUCUAAUCAAGACUACGAAGAAGGACGUCGAGAUGAAACUGUAA